AUUUUGUGGAAGUAUAAUACUUUGUCAUUAUGAGAUGUCGUCUCUCGGUACCUCCUUUGUGCAAAUUAAAUUUGAUGACUUGCAGUUUUUUGAAAACUGCGGUGGAGGGAGUUUUGGGAGUGUCUAUCGAGCCAAAUGGAUAUCACAGGACAAGGAGGUGGCUGUAAAGAAGCUACUCAAGAUAGAGAAAGAGGCAGAAAUACUCAGCGUCCUCAGUCACAGAAACAUCAUCCAGUUUUAUGGAGUAAUUCUCGAACCUCCCAACUAUGGUAUUGUCACAGAAUACGCUUCUCUGGGAUCACUCUAUGAUUACAUUAACAGUAACAGAAGUGAAGAAAUGGACAUGGAUCACAUUAUGACCUGGGCCACCGAUGUAGCCAAAGGAAUGCACUAUUUACAUAUGGAGGCUCCUGUCAAAGUGAUUCACAGAGAUCUCAAGUCAAGAAAUGUUGUUAUAGCAGCUGAUGGGGUGUUGAAGAUCUGCGAUUUUGGUGCCUCACGGUUCCACAACCAUACAACACAUAUGUCCUUGGUUGGAACUUUCCCAUGGAUGGCUCCUGAAGUUAUCCAAAGUCUCCCUGUGUCUGAAACUUGUGACACAUAUUCCUAUGGUGUGGUUCUCUGGGAGAUGCUAACAAGGGAGGUCCCCUUUAAAGGUUUGGAAGGAUUACAAGUAGCUUGGCUUGUAGUGGAAAAAAACGAGAGAUUAACCAUUCCAAGCAGUUGCCCCAGGAGUUUUGCUGAACUGUUACAUCAGUGUUGGGAAGCUGAUGCCAAGAAACGGCCUUCUUUCAAGCAAAUCAUUUCAGUCCUGGAGUCCAUGUCACUCGAUUCGAAGCUUUCUGACCAGUGUAACUCAUUCCUGCACAACAAAGCAGAGUGGAGGUGUGAAAUUGAAGCAACUCUUGAGAGACUGAAGAAACUAGAACGUGACCUCAGCUUUAAAGAGCAGGAGCUCAAAGAACGAGAAAGACGGCUAAAGAUGUGGGAGCAAAAGCUGACAGAGCAGUCCAACACCCCGCUUCUCUUGCCUCUUGCUGCAAGAAUGUCUGAGGAGUCUUACUUUGAAUCUAAGACAGAGGAGUCAAACAGUGCAGAGAUGUCAUGUCAGAUCACAGCAACAAGUAACGGGGAGGGCCAUGGCAUGAACCAAAGUCUGCAGGCCAUGAUGCUGAUGGGCUUUGGGGAUAUCUUCUCAAUGAACAAAGCAGGAGCUGUGCUGCAUUCUGGGAUGCAGAUAAACAUGCAAGCCAAGCAGAAUUCUUCCAAAACCACAUCUAAGAGAAGGGGGAAGAAGGUCAACAUGGCCCUGGGGUUCAGUGAUUUUGACUUAUCAGAAGGUGACGAUGAUGAUGACGAUGACGGUGAUGAGGAGGAUAAUGACAUGGAUAAUAAUAGUGAAUGAAAGCAGAAAGCAAAGUAAUAAAAUGGAAAAUGUCCGGGAAAACAAAAGAAGCUUGUUAUCUCAGUCUGUACAAAAACCAGUGAUGAGGUAGAAAACCGAGCACUGCAUUUUUAGGCCAAUCACAUUUAGAUAACUGUCAUUUCUUUACAAUUUUACUUUUGAUUUGUCUUUGCUUACAGGAAAAGGGGGUGGGGAAUUAAGCCAAAAAGGUCUGUUCAAUGAAUCAGCAUAUGUGGUGCCUGAUUAUAGAAACUUGUGAUUUUAUAUGCAAUAUAGCAUUUUUUUUUUAACUAAUGACGUUCUGGCUUUUUUUAAUGAAUACUUUAUAAUUUGAUUUGAUUUAUCCAAUUGCUUCAAAAAACUUACAUUUUGGACAAUCACGCUUAACUCCUAAUUCUUCUCUGACACUUGAUUUUCUUGUAACAUACUACAUUUUUUUCCCUUAUGUAAAUAUACAGUACCUUCAGAAAUAAUUGAUAGUGAUUGCAAAAUCCAACAGUAAAAAAAUUGAGAUGAAAGGAAGUUGUAACAAAUACUUCUACAGAAAUACCUAAGUGCUAAGAAUACUGAGAGUGAGACCCAAGAGAUGCUCUCAAUAGUAUGUUUGCAGGAGAAAUACUCUAAUUUGAAACCAGCAUCAGAUGCGGUACUUUCAUGCCAGUACUCACCCUAGAAGCUUCUUAACAGCACACUGUCAUCUAAGGCUUAGCUUACACUUUAUACAAAGUAUUUUAUACAAAGAGAAAGAGAGGAUAAGGGAUACUUCCAGACAGUGUGAGUGUUAAUAUGGUGCCAUAGGGGUGUAUACCUGUGUCUCUUUUCCAGAAGGGUAUGAGAAUCCUGGAUUCUAAAUGCAUGUAGAGAUAUUUUAAAGAGGGAACUAAAUAUUAUAAAAAGCUGUCCUUACUUAGGCAAAAGUGCAGAAUGAAGGAUCCUUUUAUAGCAGAUAAAACUUUCCAGAUUUGUCUUUAAAAAAGAAAACAGAAAACCCUGACUCGGCUAUGCUGGUGUUAAAGAGAAGUAAAUGUUGAUGCUGCUCUGAAAACCUAGCUAGCCAGAGAGAUAUUUUCAAAAUGUUCACAGAUUUGUCAAAGCUUGUUAAAACUAUGAAACACUUUAAGAAAACUAAAAAAAUUUGUAGUUAUACAUAUAUAUGUGUGUAUAUAUAUAUAUAUAUAUAUAUAUAUAUAUAUAUAUACAGAAAGGCAAAAGAACAAAGACUUUUCUUCAGUCUAAGUUUGAAAGUAGUGACAUUCAUUUGACUAUCAACCCAAGGAACUUUACGUGGUUCUUUUUAUAGGAGAUUUAAGGAUAUUAUCAUAGAUAUUAUCUAACACUGUUUCUAAGUAUAUUUGAUCAUAAAAAGCCUCCUGGAAUUUGAAGCAUGACAUGUUUCUAAUCCCCAUUGAGGGUAGGAAAAUAUCAUAAAAUGAUCAAUGUGCUAUGUUUGCUUUAUUUGGAGAAGAAUUACUAAUGAAAUGUUCUGGGUAUGAAAUGUAGACCACUCAGUACAGAACAGUGAUAAAGAGAAGGAUCUGGAAUCAGCUUGUGAUUCAAAAAUUGCUGUGCAAUCUUGGGCAAAUUAUUUAACUUGUGUGUCUGUUUGCUCAUCUUUAACAUGAGAAUGAUAAUAGUACCUACUUCAAAGGAUUGUUGUGAGGGUUAAAUGAAAUGAUAGACAUAAAGCAUUUAACACAAUACCAAGCCCAUGGUAAGUGGUCAGUUAAUGUUAGUUACUGUUAACUGUGUCAGUGAAAAGACACUGAAAAAUAAGUGGUCUCUGUAACCUGGAAAAUGAAACUCUCAAUUUCAAGUAGUGUUUGUUGAGUAGGAUAAGAUGAAAGUUAAAGUGAACAACUUUCAGGAAAGAUAAAGCAAACAUCUUUAGAAUGUAAGCUAUGUGAGCGAUCCACUGACGCCCUUUGAAGACCAUGCACGUGGCAAGGUUUGCCUAGUCUGAGGUGUUUGCAGGCCCUGUACCACCCAUAGACCAGGCAAACACAGAAAGAAGCCAUAAAUGUUUUCUCUAGAAGAUGGGCUCCCCACAUAGCCAAUCUAAUGCACUUCCUGUGUCUAUGCAAACUUAGACCCAUAUACCCAUAAGAGCACAAUACAGUGCUGGUGACAAACAGGUGCAAACAUAAAUAGGCGUCCUGUCUGCACUCAGACAUACAGGAGUCCUCCCUGAUUCAAGCCAAGCCACUCAGGCAGAUCUUGGAGUGGAGCAGAGGGGAUGGCUUUCAGCUCUUGCCUUCCCAGCAUGCCCUGGGGCUCUGUGACCCUGUAAUCUGAAGGAGGGCCAGAGACCAGGUAGUUCAAAGCCUCUCGUUGCAUGUCUUCCAGGCCAAGGUAAAGGCAUCCAUCCCACCAAUGUUCUCGAGCCCCUCCUCUGUGCCCCAUACCAUUCUAGGGAACGGCUUGAUGAAAAUCUUUGCCCUCACACAGCUCACAUGCUAGUGAGUGGAGAUUGACAACAAACAGAACAAAUGCAUCGUAUAGUAAACAUUUAAGUGGGCACUGGGACACGCAGCAGAGAAGGAGGAGGUGGCUCAUAGGAGAGUUUUGCGGACUUGCCAGUGUGGUCAGGAAGGGCCUCACUGAUCAUGGAAUCUCUGUGGGCGGAUUUGGGGAUCUGUGUACCUCUGUAGGAAUGUAGACCUUGCUUCUCAUUUGAGACUAACCAGCAACAAAUUUAGAAUGUAUGAAAUGAAUGGGAUGGUUUUUAAAUUUACAUUUUUUAAAAUUUAUAGCAAUUAGAUGUAUUGUGAUUUUACGUAAGAUUUUCUUGCAUUAAUAAAAGCAGCCAAAUAGGGCCAAAAGAGAAGGGUAAUCACACAGCCAUAGGUUUACCAUCAAUCAGGUAAUAUUUCUCUCAUCUCUUCAACUGUGCCAUUUUCCUGACCAAUAUUCCAGAGAUGGUCAAAGCUCAAUAAUCUACCAUCAAGAAACUACAAAGAUUCCAGAUAUAGCAGAAUUGAUAACCUCGGUGAUAAGCUUGAAAUCUUCUAACCUAACAUUGAGCUAUAGAUAAUUACUGUAUGGCACUGGCUAUUUUACUUUUGUUCCAAAUCAGUGUCCUUUCUAGGGUUUUGAAUAUUCCUUCAAUCUGUAUCAUAUAAACAGAAUCUUAAAGUGGUCUCAUCCAAUCUAUGAAGAUGAUUUUGAAGACUUUAGACUCUAUUAUUGGCCCUAUUAAUUUUAAAAAGAAAUGUUUAUUAGUCAUUAGUCAUCUUCAUUUCGAAUGAAGAUGUUAAUUAUACAGCUUUUAAUUUACCUUUUGGAUCAGUUUUUUAAAUGGUAAAUUAUUGGUGUUAGAAUUAUUUCCAAAUACCUGACUUACAAAAAUGUACAUUUAUAAAGAGAAUCUGAGUUAAAGAAACAAUAUAAAAUAGGUAACUAAUAAAAACCUACUGUAUAGCACAGGGAACUCUGCUCAACACUCUAUAAUGACCUAUAUACAAGGAAAGACUCUAGAAAAAGAAUGGCUACAUGUAUAACUGAUUCACUUUACUGUACAGCAGAAACUAACACAUUGUAAAUCAACUGUACUCCAAUAAAAAUCAACUAGAAAAAAAAAGAGAAAUAUGAAGACUCACAAUUACAGUUGAAACUCCAAAUUGUGGUAAUAAUUAUCAGAGCCAUACAACUGAAAAUAUAACUACUGUUUUAUCUUUUUUUCUUUACUCAUAAAGCUGAUCAUGCAGAAUUUGAUGAAACCCUCUCAGUGGUUCUCAACCACGAUAGCACUGUCACCAAAUGGUGUUUGGUGAUGCCGGGGCAUAUUUUUGGUUGUCUGGGAGUAUAUUUAGUGCCCAAUGCCCCAAAUCUUAUGUGCCAGUCCCACCCAAUAAAACAAUUAAAUACAGAAAGCCCAUGGCAUUGUCCCUUCCUUCACCGAGAAACUUAGCUAAACCUGGCGGUUGUAGAGUUCCACAUCUCAUUUUUUUCCCCAUAAACAUAAUUAUCCAAGUCAAAAGAUGCAUUUUCAGAAUUACAACUACUUAUACAAUCUAAUUUUGUCGAUUCAUGUCAUUUACCUUAAAUCCUUACUUGUGGGAAUCGUUUCUUUCCCCUUAAGAAUGCUGGUAGAAAGUUUAUGAAACAGCUAAAUUUACUAAGAGAGAGGGGCAAGGUGUCAGUCUCCUGUUACACUGUUUUCACAAUAAAUAAAAAAGAAAAAUAUCACUGAGGUAGCUACAGUUCUGCAAAGUAGUCAGGUUAACUUAAAAGGACAUGUUUCUUUAACAGUCUUCUUUUUUUAAAGAGAAAUCACAUUUUAAUAUUUUACAUAAAUAACCAAUGGGAAGAGGUUGAAGAUACACUUGUUUUUAAUGCUCUGGAAAUGUUGAGGGCCAUUUUAUAGCCAGUGAUUUUUAAUACGCAGUAGAUUUGUUAGACUUUAACACCAGCUGGGGAAUUCAAACUUGAUCCCCAUGAAAAUCAAGGAAUUGAGGGUGGGGGGAAGGUUUGGGAGAGAUCUAAAAUGAUUUCUCAUGGCACUAUGAUGAACACAACUUUGUUUUCCAGAGGUUUCAUUGGAGUGGUAAGAAUUUCAUGAAAGAUCAUUUUAAAACUUAUUUGAGUUAAACCUUGAUCCUUUUUGGUUUUUUUUUUUUUUUUUUUGGAUAUACUAGACUUUUGACACUCUGCCUCUUGAGACUAGCAGAAUCUACUAUUCCGUAUACAUAAUAGAGCAUGCUUUUUCUAUAAUCAGGUACCUUUUGCUGCUUUGGGAUAAGACUGUUUUCCUGUUUAGAUUUUAAGCAUUGCCAGAGAGAAGAAUCUGUUCUGUUCUUUUGAUUGUAGCACAGCCUGAUAGCUCUAACUGCAGCCUCUCUGAUGAGGCUUUCAGGACAUCUGGGCAACUAGCUAUGUUUCCUCGGACUCCAGCUUAGUUGGCGCUCCAUUCACUGCCUGUGAGGAGCUUUCUGGCAUGUGAUUAUUUACUUCAGAAUUAGAAUUUCAGGCACCUACAUUGACUGUCUUAUAUGGUGUGCAGAAUAAUAGAUCUUUUAAUGUCAGAUACAAUACACUGCACAUAUUGCUUUUGCACUGUUUUAAAAUUUUUGUACUAAAUGAUAGAAAAUAUUUAUAUUCUUUGAGUGUGAGCUUUGAAUAGAUGGUAUGAUCACUUUAUUGUUUUUUUUUUUUUAAACAAAACGUUUUUCUCAAAUAUUCUAUUGCAAUGUUAUUCUGAGCAAGUCGUACGCCAAAAUCUUGUAUCAUGUUUGUAUGGAAGAUUAAAUUUUACUCUUGUGUGGUAAGACUACUCAGUUACUGAGUUCAUUGUUGGAAUUUGAUAUUCCAACAGAAAGCCCACUAUGUAUUCAGAAAUCCAAGUUGGUGUCAUACAUUUCAUUUUGAUGUGAACUUUUCUUUGCUUUCCUUUGUUUCAAGACUCCAUUUUGCAAUAAACGUUUUGACAGUAAA